AAAAUCACAUUUUGUCUCUCUCCAUUUCUUGUGUUGUAUAUAUCAUCCAAUGAAGAGAGAUCAAAUUGCGAUGUGUUAGGAGAAUAGCUGUAUGAGUAUAAAUAUGAAGACGUAGAAAGUAUGGUCUUGAAUAUUAUUUUACUAAACCUCUUCUCAUCAAUCUAUCUAUCUCAUGUGGACAAGCGAGUGCUCCAUGUUCCGCAGGCUCCUCUGCACCUCUCUUCCCCGUCUUUCAAAACCCCAAUCUUCAAGCUCCUUAACCAUUCUCAACUCCUCACUCACCCAAAAACAAAAACAAAAGCCCUUAUCUCCCCAAACCAUCAAAUCCUUCUCCUCUUCCAAAAUGGGGGACGCGCGAAGACCCUUAUUCGUCCCAAUCCCCACUUUGGAAAAAGCAGAACGCUCCGACCUCCUCCGCGCCCUAGAAGCUUCCAUGGGCUCCCCUUUCAGCUCCGAGCCUCUCUCUCCAAACCCUAACCCUCUAAUCAUCGUCAUCAGCGGCCCCAGCGGCGUCGGCAAGGACACCCUCAUCGCGCGCCUCCGCGACUCCCGCCGCGCCCUCCACUUCGUUGUCACCGCCACCACGCGCCCCCGCCGCCCCGCCGAGGUCGACGGGAAGGACUACAUCUUCGUCUCCAAGGAGGAGUUUCUCGGGAUGGUGGAGCGGGAGGAGCUGCUGGAGUACGCGCUGGUCUACGGUGACUACAAGGGCGUGCCGAAGCAGCAGAUUCGGGAGUGUCUCGCGCAAGGCUGCGACGUCGUUUUGAGGGUUGAUAUUCAGGGGGCUGCCACGUUGAAGAAGGCGCUCGGGAAGUCGGCGGUGUUUGUAUUUGUGGCGGCGGAGAGCGAGAUGGCGUUGGUGGAGAGGCUGGUGGACCGGAAGACGGAGACCGUGGAGUCGUUGCUGGUGAGGAUUGGUACUGCCAGGGAGGAGAUGAAGCAUGUCAAGAAUUUUGAUUAUGUUGUGGUCAAUGCGAAAGGGAAGCUUGAUAAUGCGGUCAAGUUGAUGGAGUCUAUUAUUGAUGCCGAGAAAGCUAGGGUUUCUCAGAGGACUCCUCACUUAUAAUGGACGCUCAACAUGGUUUUAUGAUGGAUGAUAAACUGGGGAUGAUCGUAAAAAUAUUAUUUGUGAGCUCUGCUUGCCAGUGACGAGCUUGAUGCUCAUUUCCUACGACUGAUGUCAUCAUGGGAAGACAUGUUGGGGGUAAUGGUUCUAGUGGUGAUUCUUCCAAUACUGCCUUAAAUGAAGUACAAGUGUUUGUUCUUGGUGAAUAGAAAUUUUAAUUACAAUGCCAAAUAUCAUUUGUUUAUUUUAUUCGGUGAUCUGGUUGGAAAUAGUUAUGUAGGAAGCAAAUUGAAUUUAGUGGAUGAAACAGUGAACUGAACUGACACAGAUAGCUUUGAUACCUCGUGUAAUCCUUCUUAUGAACUGAUUCAAAAAGCCAGUGGCUCAAACUUAAUCCCAAUAGGUUUUUAUGCAUUAUAUUGGGUUGUACUUCU